GCCCGCGGCCCAGCCUUGAGCCCCCACCCCCGGGGGCUGGCAUGAGCGGCCCUUUGGCGGCACCCGGGGGCGGGGGAGCCGCUGCCGCCUGAGCCCGGGCCUGCCGUCCGACCCCACCUCGCUGACCGAGGCUGACCGCGGAGCUCAAGAAAGACCCCGCCACUGCUUUCUCCCCCUACCCCGCAGAUCACAAACCCUAGCCCUGGAAGAUGGGGAACUGCCUCAAAUCCCCCACUUCGGAUGACAUCUCCCUGCUUCACGAGUCUCAGUCUGACCGGGCUAGUUUUGGCGAGGGGACGGAGCCGGAUCAGGAGCCUCCGCCGCCAUAUCAGGAACAAGUUCCAGUUCCAGUCUAUCAUCCAACACCUAGCCAGACUCGCCUAGCAACUCAGCUGACUGAAGAGGAGCAGAUUAGGAUAGCUCAAAGAAUAGGCCUCAUACAGCAUCUGCCGAAAGGAGUUUAUGACCCUGGAAGAGAUGGAUCAGAAAAAAAGAUCCGAGAGUGUGUGAUCUGUAUGAUGGACUUUGUUUAUGGGGACCCAAUUCGAUUUCUGCCGUGCAUGCACAUCUAUCAUCUGGACUGUAUAGAUGACUGGUUGAUGAGAUCCUUCACGUGCCCCUCCUGCAUGGAGCCAGUUGAUGCAGCACUGCUUUCAUCCUAUGAGACAAAUUGAGCCAGGAUCUCUCAUCUGACUUCAAGUGAACCGUCAUUUUUGGUGGUUUUGAUCUUUUGUCACUGAGCCCAAAGAGCCAGGGAUUAGGAAUUAAGAUCAUGCACAAAGUUUCCUAAAGAUUUCUGAAUGGCUGCAGAUGUUAGGGGAAAGUAUGUCAUAUUUUAGAAACUUAUGGGGAAAAGUAGGAUGGUAUUUUUAUGUAAAGCCUUGACCCAGUGUUUAAAAAAAGUAUAAUUGUAUUUAGAUCUUGUUAUUGCUCCAGUACAUAGGAAUUGUGUAAAGUGUUACAGCAGCUGUACAUGUUUCAAUUGUGUGUGUUGAAGAUUAGGAAAAAGAUAGUGAUUGUUUUUCCUAAAUGAUAUAACUUUCUUCUCCCCCCAACCCUAAAUUCUUUUCUCAAGUUGCUGGCAUUUGGGUCAAGGUUUUAUUAAAAGCUACAUUUUAUAACACUGGCACAAAAAAAAAGUAGUUUUAAGCUUGUUUGCACAGUUCUUUUUUUCCAUUGGAAAUGGAAUUCAUUGCCUUAGGUCUUUUUUAAUAGUGUAUUAUUAUCGUUGGGGCUGGCUCUAUGCUUGAAAACCAGUUUAUUUAUAACCUGUUAUGUGCUAUAUCUGUUUGCAGUUAGGAAAUGCAGAAUUCAAAGUGAUCUCCUAGCUUGUAAGCAAACUGAGAUGCACUAUCCCUUUUCUAUUAAAAAAAUGAGAUAAUGUGUCAAGAAACCAACUCUAAUUAAAUGGGGUUUAAUAUUACCCUUUCUUGUGCGUUUUAUCUAAUUAUUUUGGUUAAUAUGGUGAUAAAAGUUAAAAGUAAAGGUAAAUUUUAAAUAUUAAGAUUUCUGAUUUAUUGAAAUAGAAUUAUGCCAUGAGGCUUAUGUAAAAAUGAAAGUGGCACCAUGGUGAAACUGAGAAAAGUUUCUCAGUUUAACAAUUUUGAUUUAUUUCUUAUGACCUCCCUCCCUGUUGUCUUGAACCAUAACAAAAGGAUACUGCAUCUCUUAUUAUUGUAGUGCUGAGGUUAAUUGAAGUUACACAAAAUGCAUCUCAGUCUCAUUUUUCUUGGGAAGCCCUGCUAGCUGACUGACAGGUCUGGUAAGCAAGGAGAAUUAAGAUAAAUGUAUUUCAUGUUUUGCACACAAAUGCAGAAUUUGUAUAAUCACAUGACUUCAUAGUUGUCAUCUGAAAAAAGAAGGAAUUUCUCCUUUAUCUUUUUCUUGCAGUUAAUGUAAGAACACUGAAUCUCUAAGCUUCUGAAAUGUUAGAGGUAGAGAUGGUCUAGUAAAGAUGUAGUUGUAAUGUUUUAUCCACUUAGCAUGUGUUUAUUUUCCCUUAUGUACUCAAAGGUGAUUCAUUUGUUCAGCUCAGUGAUAUACAGCUAAAAAAAAAUUAGAAAAAGGAGAAGCAAUUUCAACUUAACAAAUCCGAAAUGUUUCUUAUUAUUUUAUAUUGAGUUGAAUAUUUGACUCUAACACUUUUCUACAUACAAAACACAAGUAUCCUAAAGGUUCUUCAUAACUGCAUUAUAGAGGAAUUAAGUAUGUCAUAAGUACUUCUUAAAGAUUUGAUGUUUGACUCUACUAUCCAUGUGUUGGUUUGUUUUCUUAUGAGCCCCAUGAUGGAAAGACUUCAAGAUGAAUUUGAGGGGGGAAAUGAAAGAAAUUAGAUUGUCAGGUUCUGUUAAAUUGUUACAUGUAUCUUGCUUAAGUUUUUGUUUAUUAAUUUAUAUCCACCCAAUUACAUAAAGCAAAUUUGGAGGAAACC